AUGAAUCCCUCUAAUAUGUUUUCAAGUUGGGUUGAUCUAGGACCUUGUCCGUUUUUACACGAAAGCACUCUGAGUACGUCUUGUAUCCAGGCUGGGGCACAUUUCACCGGAUCCCAAAUUUCCAGAUGCAAGAAAUAUGUCGUUGAUGUGACCUUUAUGACCGUAGAUUUGAGCGCUAAAACUCUGUGUGGUUUCAUGAAAGUCGACAAAGCCUCUAAGGAUUCUGAGAAUUUCGAAAGUGCUAUGAACAAUGGGAGGGCCACAACCUCCUAUUUCAGUGGGGAGAUUAUCAGUCGAAAUUUUCCUUUUGCGACUGGGAAGUGGGGUGCUUCAACUGAAACGGACACCAAUCACUGGAAUGAGCUCAACGUGAUGGCUCGUUUUCCAGACUACUAUCGGGACAAUUUUGACUAUUCCCAAUUGGAAAACUUUGAUCAUGUUUACAUGAGGUGGAAAGAAGGCUUUAUCAUCCCUGAUUCAAUCAGUAACUAUGAAAAGAAACCCUCCUCUGGGUUCUAUUACAUUUGUCUACAGAAAUCAACUGGAGAAUUGAUGGGAUACUUUCAUAACAAGUCCUCUGAAAGAUUACAGCUUCUGGAGUUGAAAUACGAUCCACAGGUGACUUCAACAGCCUUUCAAAUUCGUUAG